AUGAAGUCCCUGGCCCUGCUUUUCCUGCUCUCUGUGGGCGCAGCCAGCGCUGCUGUCUCACCCCGGGCCGUGUGGGAGCUUCGCAGCAUGAUCAAAUGCACCAUCCCCAACAGCCAUCCUCUGCUGGAAUUUGGUGACUACGGCUGCUACUGCGGCUUGGGAGGCAGCGGGACACCAGUGGAUGAGCUCGACAGGUGCUGUCAAGUACAUGAUCACUGCUACUCAGAGGCAAAGAAACUAGCGUCAUGCAAGUUCCUCUGGGACAGCCCCUACACGGAGAUAUACAAAUACAGCUGCUCCAAAGAGGAGAUUACGUGUAGCAGCAAGAACGACGAGUGCGAGAUGUUCGUCUGCAACUGCGACCGCGCCGCUGCCAUGUGCUUCGCCAAGGCGCCCUACGACCCCCAGCACAGGAAGCUGGACACCAAGAAAUACUGCUAG